CGUCAGGGCGCGCGGCGGGGCGGGGCGAGGGGCGGGGCGGUCCCGUCAGGCGGCGGGGCAGUAUGGAGGGCCGGCUGCCCUACGACGACUUCCCGGUGGUCUUCCUGCCGCCCUACGAGAGCCCGCCCGCCUGGGUGCCGCCGCAUGAGAGGGUGUACCACCCCGACUACAACAACGAGCUCACCCAGUUCCUGCCCCGCACCAUCGUCCUCAAGAAGCCGCCCGGGGCGCAGCUGGGCUUCAACAUCCGGGGAGGAAAAGCCUCGCAGCUGGGGAUCUUCAUCUCGAAGGUGAUCCCUGACUCGGACGCACACAGAGCUGGGCUGCAGGAAGGGGACCAGGUGCUCUCGGUAAAUGAUGUGGAUUUCCAGGACAUUGAGCACAGCAAGGCUGUGGAGAUCCUGAAGACAGCCCGUGAAAUCACCAUGCGUGUGCGUUACUUCCCCUACAAUUACCAGAGACAGAAGGAGAGAACUGUUCACUAGCAGGUAGCUGUCUGCUGGGUCUCCAGAAUGGCCAUCCUUCCUGCAAAAACACUCUCCGCUCCUUUUCCUCAACAUGUGAGAUGACGCAUCAAGUUUCAGCUGUCAUUGGAGGUACAACUGUCCUGUUGGCUGCAGAGGCAUCAGCUCUGCUUCCUGCAUGGAGGGAUGCCACCAGACUCCUAUUUAGCUGGAAGAUGGAUGAGGCUUUAGUCUGUGCUCCUUGAACGGGGUGUUGGAAGAAGCUGAUGUGGAAGUGGGUACCGGAGGGCAGCUUCUCUGGCAAGAUCUAUGCUUCUCUUCUAGCAGGACUGAAAUUAAACGAGUGCUCUGCUGGUUCUGGAUCCAACCCUUGUUGCUAGAUGUAAGGCCGAGAGGGUCUGAGCGUGCUUGAGCAGAGCAUGGCCUUUGUCCUCCAAGAGAUCAACCUGUUCACUUCUCUGGCGACAUGAAAUUCUUUCCUUCUUCACUGUCCUACCUCUGCUUUUCACUACUGGGUUUGCUUGGGACUCAAGGAACAGAAGUAAAAUCCACUCAAACUCUGCACAUCUCUAGGUGCACUACUCUGCCGAGGCACGUUUGUACCUCUGCUGCUUAACGACCCCCAUGACACAGGGCCGAGAUGCUUGGAGCAUGUUUCUCAGCUGCUGCGGGCACUUGGCCAGGUUUCCUCCAGUGUGGUUAAGGGUUUUCACUUGCUUCCUUCACUUGGCACAGCCCCAUCCCUGCUGUGUCCACUUUGAGGUAAACUUCUCCCCUUCCCUGUUCUCCCCGAACGGGGAGGAAGGCUGCUGCGCCCUGCGCUGCAAGAGCGCAGAUGAAACGUGCUAGUGAUCGGCAAAUCUGGGUGCAAAUGUAUGGUAGUAUCACGUUGUAAAUGGCAUCAGGACAGCCCUCGCUCUGGCCUUCUGUGUGGUGUUUUCCACUUAUCUGUAAUAACUGAACUAAUAAAACGAGUACAGCAAGCA